GGGCGACGGCAAGUUGGCCGGCUCGCCGGCAAUGACGACGCGAUGAUCGCCGGGCCCCACUCCAUCGCGGCCAUCCAAAAGAAGGGAGAGGAUGUCCAUGAGGCGGUCGAGCGGUCGCAGUGGUUGCGCCGGGCCUUCGUCCAGCCCGGCGUCGGCAUCCGCCAGUGCGGCGACUUCACUUGCAGCCAGGCCCGGGACAAUUGCAACUGGAGCGCGCUGACCUUCGUGGGCGACUUGAUGCAGUUGGCUGGAGAGCUCAGCAGUCGGCGCCGUGGCUUUGCGUUGCAGGCUUGGAUUCCCGCGCCAAUUGGCUUCGCGACCCACAGGGUCAACGAGCUCAUCCAGACUGCCAACGACCCCACGGAUGUUGUCAUGGGCAUCCCCGCCGUUGAGCUGGUUGCCGUGGUCGGCUGGGGUGACGCCGC